CUUCAAUAUCAAGAAGGACAAGCUUCGCGAUACGCCACUUUUCACCGGGAAUUCUACGUUUUUACUACUGGUGCGAGUCGAUAUCAAGUGUAUUUUACUCUGUUUUAAUUUAAUAGCACCGAAAUCCAAACAUCACGCCAGAGCACCUCUUUCAACAUGCAGGCUCCCGUUUUGGUUAUGAACACCCAAAGUGGUGAUAGACAGACUGGACGAAAAGCUCAGAUGUCUAACAUCGCUGCCGCGAAGACCGUUGCCGAUAUUAUUCGAUCAUGUCUCGGUCCCAAGGCUAUGCUGAAGAUGCUGUUAGAUCCUAUGGGUGGUAUCGUCCUCACUAACGAUGGCCACGCUAUCCUACGAGAAAUCGAAGUGUCACAUCCCGCUGCGAAGAGCAUGAUCGAACUUAGCAGAACACAAGACGAGGAAGUUGGCGACGGUACCACGACGGUCAUUAUCCUGGCCGGUGAGAUUCUAGCACACGCCCUCCCACAACUAGAGCGAAAUAUACACCCGGUCGUUAUCAUUUCCGCCCUCAAACACGCUCUUAAGGAUGCGCUAGAGAUCAUCGACGAGAUCUCCUUACCUAUCGAUGUCAACGACGACAAGGCCAUGUUUGGCCUAAUCUCUUCUUCUAUCGGCACCAAGUUCGUUUCGAGGUGGUCAGAUUUGAUGUGCGGUUUAGCUCUUAAUGCUGUCCGGACAGUCACUUGGGAGGCAGGAAAUGGCAAGCAAGAAGUCGAUAUUAAGCGAUAUGCCCGCGUGGAGAAGGUUCCAGGUGGAGAGAUCGAGGAUAGCAGAGUCUUGGACGGUGUGAUGCUCAACAAGGAUAUUACUCACCCCAAGAUGCGAAGGAAGAUCGAGAACCCCAGAAUCCUUCUUCUCGACUGCCCGUUGGAGUACAAGAAGGGUGAAUCUCAAACUAAUAUUGAAAUCACGAAAGAGGAGGACUGGAACCGUAUUCUACAGAUUGAAGAGGAGCAGGUUAAGUCCAUGUGCGAGUCUAUUCUAGCCUUCAAGCCUGACCUAGUCAUUACGGAGAAGGGUGUGUCGGAUCUCGCGCAACACUACUUCGUGAAAGCGAAUGUCACCGCGUUGCGUAGAGUUCGAAAGACAGACAACAACAGAAUAGCUCGCGCAACCGGUGCGACUAUCGUGAACAGGGUAGAUGAUCUCCAGGAGUCGGAUAUCGGAACCAAGUGUGGACUAUUCGAAAUCGAGAAGAUUGGCGAUGAAUACUUCACCUUCCUUACCAAGUGCAAAUCCCCCAAGGCAUGCACAGUUUUACUUCGAGGCCCUUCCAAAGAUAUCUUGAACGAGAUCGAACGAAACCUCCAAGACGCUAUGGGAGUAGCUCGGAACGUUAUGUUCUACCCCAGACUGUCACCAGGUGGUGGAGCUACGGAGAUGGCGGUCUCGGUACGCUUGAACCAACUAGCAAGGAAUAUCGAAGGCGUACAGCAAUGGCCAUACAAGGCAGUUGCCGAGGCCCUAGAAGUCAUUCCCCGGACGUUAGUGCAGAAUGCUGGUGCUAGCCCCGUGAGAGUUCUCACCGAGCUUCGUGCUAAGCAAGCAGAAGGCAAGAGCUCGUGGGGUAUUAAUGGGGAUACGGGAUCAAUCGUGGACAUGCAGGAGUAUGGCAUCUGGGAGCCUGAGGCUAUCAAGCUCCAGAGCAUCAAGACCGCCAUAGAAGCUGCCUGUCUCUUACUAAGAGUUGACGAUAUCUGUAGCGCGAAGAAGGCGCAACAAGUGGGAGCACCCGGUCUAGGUGGUGGUGACGAUUAAACGGGGGAAUAAAAUAAAAUAAUUGAUCACGAUGUCGAGCAAGCCUACUAGAUACGGAAUAUUGAGAGGACAUACCCCUGUACGAACAGCUGGUCUAAAAGUCACGAGAUAGAUGAAUUAGAUGGCUCUGCUACCAUUAUUGGUCUGUUCAUAUCGCUCGUGAGAUAUUACCCUAUUCGCGGAACCAUGAAACUA